UGAGAGAGAGAGUGACGUGAAACUGGGUGGCCGACAUUCCUCAGAAGGGUGCAGGUGUAUGUGUGCUGGCAAAUCUGACUCACCGUGUGAUUUUUGAGAAGCUGGUCCCUUAUACUUGAUAUUUCUACGUUUAUACGAGGCAUCUGGAGCCAUGGCAGACAAGGAUGAGCUGGUACAGAAAGCCAAACUGGCUGAGCAGGCCGAGCGCUAUGAUGACAUGGCCGCAGCCAUGAAGGCUGUUACAGAGAAGUACCCGGAUCUCAAAAAUGAAGAGCGCAACCUGCUCUCCGUUGCCUACAAAAAUGUGGUGGGGGCUAGGAGGUCCUCCUGGAGGGUGAUAUCCAGCUUGGAACAGAAGUCCGAUGAGACCUCGAAGAGCUCACUGGCCAAGGUGUACAAGCAAAAGAUUGAGGAUGAGCUGACAGAAAUCUGCAACGAAGUACUGGAACUGCUCGACAAAUAUCUGAUCCCCAAGGCCGAAUCUCCUGAUAGCAAAGUCUUCUACCUGAAGAUGAAGGGAGACUACUUCCGCUAUCUGGCUGAGGUGGCCUCUGACGAUAACAAAAAUGAGGUUAUCACUAGCUCGAAAAAUGCAUACCAGGAGGCCUUUGACAUCAGCGUAAGAGAUAUGCCGGCUACUCAUCCCAUCCGCCUGGGCCUUGCUCUUAACUUCUCUGUCUUCUACUAUGAGAUCGUCAACACGCCUGUGGAAGCGUGCAAACUGGCCAAGCAGGCCUUUGAUGAGGCCAUUUCCAUGCUGGAUUCCCUCGAGAGUGAGUCCUACAAAGACAGCACCUUGAUAAUGCAGCUGCUCCGUGACAAUCUGACACUGUGGAUGUCAGAUGCCGAGAGUGAGGAGACGGAGCUGGCAGCUGACAAGAACUGAACGCCGGGAAGAAAGGAAAAAAAAAAUAAAACAACAAAACAAAAAUACACAUUUUUUACCUCUCACCAGCCUAAGUUGUGUGUUGUGGUUGUGUUUGCACAUACAUGCACAGAUAUGUAUGUUUACACGCCACUCACAAUGUGUACAGUAUGUGUGUGCACAUACAUUGGAGUGUGUGUGUUAAUUGUAUGAGCACCACCACAGAGGAAAGAAUGGAAUAGAUCUUUUUUUUUUUUUUUUCUUCCCAACAUUACUCAUUGUGGAUGUUUAUUUUUGUUUAUUUUUGUUUGUUUUUUUGUUUUUUUUGGUCUAUGGUUUAGUCCUGAUGAAAUCCCUCCUUUAGUUCCAAAUCAGCCCCCAUGCUUUUCAACUUUAUUUACUGUAGCAAACUGCUGCUGUUGCAGGAGAACACAAACAAAAAAACCUCUAACUGUAAUUUUGAUAAUUUGUAUGUUUUUACUUGAACUCAACAUUUACAAUCUUUGUGACGCAUUGGUUUACAAAACUCCUUUUGAAGCAUGUAAACUGUAAAAUAGCAGCAGUCACAGCAGUGUGAAUUCACAAAAUUUUAGGUGUCAUCUGACAAUAGCAUUGAUCGUAUAGAUGGCAGAAUUUACCUUGGUAAAGACCUGUUGCCACAUCGCUUGUGUCCAUCCCGCCCUGUCAGUGUCCAGUGUAGCAGGUAGUGUUUUUGGAUCAUACCAUACAUCAUGGCUCAGUGGGUUCUGUGUGUACUGGAGCGUAGGAAAGGUUUUCUGUAUGAAUGGCCACUUUGUGAAAACUGUAGUUCAACUUUGGUUGAUAACUUUGUUGAGAGGAUUACAUUCCAUUUUACUGACAUCUUUUCACUCUCAGUGAAAUGUGUAACCUAUAAUUUCCAUCAGAUUUUCCAUCACACAUGAUAAGGUAUAGACGGCCUAAGAUAAAGUGAACAACUUGACAAAAUGGCUCGAUACUGUAACUUUUGAUAUUUUAUCUUUCAGCAGUGCAGAAAAUAAUUUUGCCAUGUGCUUUUUAUGUGGCUUUCUACUCUUUUCUAUUCGGGUGUUUUUGUAUUUUCUUUUCGUGUAUUUUAUUCCCGUUGACUCCAGGAAUGUACGUGGUUCUCAGUAGUAUGGUGUGAGGGUUAGACGUGCUUUGAAAUGGGCAAUUUUUGCUUAGGAUUUAGCUUCAGCCAGGGUGGUUUACAGUAACAUUUACCCUCCUUGAAAGACCAUUGUGAAACAACAAACUUAAACAAUGCUAAAUAUAAACAGAUUAUCAAAGUAACUUGGUAGAAAGCUACAUUAUGACCGAUUAGUAGUUACAAAGUAGUGCCAGUUUCUCCUAAUUACAGUAUGUUGGUUUUUUUUUAAAAAAAAAUAAAAAAAAUCGGGAUUCAGGAUUCAGAAUUUGCAAGUUACACUCUGAGUACGUUAUUUGGUUAUGUGCGUUCAUGUAAGUGGAAUUAAAACAUUAAAAUCAAGUGUGCUGUG